AUGGCCGCACCAGCUUACUCGAAAGUCCCGACCGAGGAGCCAAUGUCUCCCGCCCGUAUUCCCACACCGGAUUCUCCAGUCUAUGUCGAGUCUCCAAGGCCUUCUGCGCCGGUACCCCCUUCUACCGUCCCAGUCCUCCCUCCAAGUUAUCCAACCGUUCACCGACCACCACCAACAGCCUCCAUCUGUACUACUAACGAAGGCGACGGUGACGAUGAUGAUGAUGUGAAGACCAUCAAUAUCAACAUCACGAUUAAAAUCCCCAAAGGCCUCAACUUCCCAUGUUUCCGUCGAAGCCGCUGCCCACGGAAAGAUCCAGCCUUUGCAGCUCGUGGUGGGUAUGAGAUUCCACGUGAGGAAAAGAGGAGGCGAUUCCUCGCUAUCAUGAUGGUUUUUGCCUACUUCACUUUCCUUCUCUGUGGCGCUAUCGCUUGGGGAAUUUAUGAUCACAUGAACGUCUACAGUUACUCCCAUGUACCACUCGCACUUACCACUUUCACGGCUCCCAUCGAUUUCUUCAUCGUCGCUGCUACAAUUCUCCUCGUUCGACGAUUUAAUGAACAGAAGAGACCCGGCUUCAGAUUCGCAAUUCUGGCAGUAAUUAACAUUGCAAUGUUCAUCCUCCAUGUUACUAUUAUCAUUAUUGCUGCUGGGCCUUGGACCCAUGUCUAUGGAUACGGCUGGUAUUAUGCCGGAAAGCUCAAGGCUAUUGUUGGACUUACCCUCUACAGUGUUAGUGGUAUGACUGCAGUCAAGCUUCUCUUGGCAAUCUGGGUCUUCAAGCGACUGGCAAAGAAAGAUGGUUCUAUGAAGAGGCGUCUUAGGGCGUUUCGAGAAGAGAUCAGGCAAUGCAUUGAUGGUGAAGAACCAGUUCAGCAUGAGGAGGGUGACGCAAGGAGGUCUCAAGAGGGAGCCGUCUUCUUGGCCUAA